CUACAUGUUUAUGGAUUGAUUCUUCAUUGGCAGAAAUGUAUGUGUUAUAAGAUAUGGAUUAGAUAAAUUGUUGUUGUUUUGUUAUUGUAUAUAAGGUGGUAUUGUUAUUAUAUUGUAUAAUUAAAUCUAGAGUAUGGGUGGUGUACUAGGUUUGUUUAAACCAGAGCUAAGUGAUUUCCAGAAAAAGAAAUUGAUGCAUGAAUUUUACACCUUCUUUGAUUUGAAUAAAGAUGGUAAAUUAGAAUGGAAAGAUUUUGAUCUGGCUAGACAGAAAGUAUGUGAAAUGAGUGGUUGGAAAGUUGGAACUAAAAAAUACAUCCAUACACAAGAGACGUUUAUCCAGAUUUGGAGAAAACUUCAAGAUGAUGGUGACAGUAACUGUGAUGGAGUUAUUUCUACAGAUGAAUGGCUGAAGAUGUGGGAACACUUUAAUGCAGAAUGUGCCAAAUCAGCGCAAAACACCAAUGAAAAUGGGAGUGGUAUGAAAAUACCAGGAUGGCUUGAGAAAUAUAUAGAAUAUAAAUUUAAUCUCUAUGAUCGAACAGGAGAUGGUGUUGUAGAUUUAGAAGAAUAUGAAUAUGUUUUAUCCGAUUUUGGAGUUCCUCCUAAAGAUGCCCGAGCUGCCUUCCUCAUGUUUUCAGGGAAUCAUGAGAAGAAAAUAGAUUUAGAAUAUUUCACCAUUUUAUCAGCGGAAUAUUUCCGUUCAGACGAUGCCGGUGCCUUGGGUAACUUUAUUACUGGUAAAUUAACAUUCGAUGAUUGA